CUUGGCUUUACUUCUUCACUGUCAAUAACAAUUACCGACGAUGAUGACACUCUUGGUCUAGACUUGGUUCCUGGUGACUUGUCUGGGAGAGAGGGAGAACAGGUAGAAGUGUGCGUGGUGGUCACUAAGGGCUCCAACCAACUCGAUAGCCCUAUUGAAGUCAUGAUUAGCAUAACUGAUAUCACAACCAGUGGUUUACCAGGUGAUUAUUUUUUUGUUGAUCGUACGAUUGAAAUCCCGGUGGGGGCCGUGGAAGGUCGAAACUACUGCACACAAAUUCCACUGGUUGCUGAUGAAGAGAUUGAG